CCUGUCCUGUGUUUCCCUGUUGCCGCGGCAACGCAGAAGGGGAGGGGUGCGGAGGGGCCAGGGCGCCACGUGACCCCUCCCUUCCUGGUCCAGGCCCCCCAAAGGCCCCCGAGCCCCCCCUCCCCCCCCAAGGCCGGCCAUGGAGGCCCCGAGGCCCCCCGUCGCCCCGGACAGGAGCCUCGCCGCCUUCCCCAAGGCUUACAGCCCUGAGGCCUGCCUCCAAUUCAAAGAAGGCUUCCAUGAACAGGUGAGACUCACCUGCCAGAGGAAAAACACCAAUACAUCUGGGCUGGGCGUCUCCAAAGUGGUUGUGGUGGGAGACCUUUGUGUUGGGAAGACCAGCCUCAUCAACAGAUUCUGCAAGAACGCUUUUGACCGGAGCUACAAGGCCACCAUUGGCGUGGAUUUCGAGAUCGAACGCUUUGAGAUUUUGGGGGUCCCCUACAGUCUCCAGAUAUGGGAUACAGCCGGGCAGGAGAAGUUCAAAUGCAUCGCUUCCGCUUAUUACAGAGGAGCCGAAGUCAUCGUCACUGUCUUCGAUCUGGCCGAUAUCCAGACUUUGGGUCACACCAAGCAAUGGCUGGAGGACGCCUUGAACGAAAACAGCCCUGGUUCCAGCUUCAUCUUUCUCGUUGGGACAAAGAAGGAUUUAGUGGGGCGACAGGAAGUGACCAUGUCACUCUUGGUCUGGCUUCUUUUCCAGUCGGAGGCCGAAUGCCGUCGAACGGAAGCGGACGCCAUCAAGAUGGCCAACGAAAUGGAGGCCGAGUAUUGGUCCGUUUCAUCCAAAACAGGGGAAAACGUCCAGGCCUUCUUCUCUCGGGUGGCGGCCCUGGCCUUCGAGAAAUCCCUUCUGAGGGAGUGGGAGAAAAAUGGCCGCCAAGGAGCCAGGAUCGGGAGCCUCAUCCAAAUUGAACGAAACGCAUCCGAGCUCAGUGGUCAGUCCAGGCCAAACUGUUGCUAGCAGUCAUCGCCUCUCUCUGGGAUCUGUAGUCCUCAAUGUAUAUGAUUGUAUGGGAUCUGUAGUCCCUUCAUUAAUGAAGUGUUUGUAAUUAUUUUAAAAUAUAUAUGUGUGUCAUUAAUUAUGAGAAUUAAAACGCUUGAAUUUUGGCA